UUUUCAAUUCCAGCGUUCAACUACAGGCCCAGCAAAACGGGCCGGGUCGGUCCACACCGCCUCCACCAACUAAACCAGACGGUAGCCGUAGAACCGCCAUCUGCCCAAAAGUAUAAAUGUAUUUCCGACUCGAAUUCUAAUUGCCGGCCGGAGAGUAUUAUAUUUCUAGGGUUUCGUCAAUCCAAAUAUUUUUUGGUUUACAGAAGUAAUUAUGGCUACCGCAUCAGGUGCAUUUAAAUCUAGGGAGGAUCACAGGAAACAGUUGGAAUUGGAAGAAGCAAGAAAGGCUGGUCUUGCUCCGGCUGAGUUGGACGAAGAUGGAAAAGAGAUUAAUCCUCAUAUUCCUCAGUAUAUGUCUUCCGCUCCUUGGUACCUUAAUGCAGAAAGACCAAGUUUGAAACAUCAAAGGAACUGGAAAUCAGACCCUAAUUACACAAAAUCAUGGUAUGACAGAGGUGCGAAGAUAUAUCAGGCUGACAAGUAUAGGAAGGGUGCAUGUGAAAACUGUGGAGCAAUGUCCCAUGACACUAGGUCAUGUAUGGAAAGGCCACGCAAACUGGGAGCAAAAUGGACAGGGAAACACAUUGCUCCUGAUGAGAAGAUAGAGCAGUUUGAGCUGGACUAUGAUGGUAAAAGGGAUCGUUGGAAUGGUUAUGAUGCUGCUUCUUAUGCCCACGUCAUUGAACGAUAUGAAGCAAGGGAUGAAGCAAGAAGGAAAUACCUCAAAGAGCAACAACUUAAAAAAUUGGAAGAAAAAAAUAACAAGGAUGACAAAGAAGGAGGUGAUAGUGACAAUGAGGAUUGUGAGGAUGCUUUGAAGGUAGACGAAGCGAAGGUUGAUGAAAGCAAGCAAAUGGAUUUUGCCAAAGUUGAGAAGCGUGUGCGGACCACUGGUGGUGGUAGCACAGGGACUGUUAGGAACCUGCGUAUUCGGGAGGAUACGGCUAAAUAUCUUCUCAAUCUUGAUGUAAAUUCAGCACACUAUGAUCCCAAAACACGGUCCAUGCGUGAAGAUCCUCUUCCUGAUAUGGACCCGAACGAAAAGUUCUAUGCUGGCGAUAACCAAAACAGAGUUAGUGGUCAAGCAUUGGAGUUCAAGCAGCUUAAUAUUCAUGCCUGGGAGGCUUUUGAUAAGGGUCAUGAUGUUCAUAUGCAAGCAGCUCCAUCCCAGGCAGAAUUGCUCUACAAAAAUUUUAAGAUUAACAAGGAGAAAUUGAAGGUGCAAACUAAGGAUGAUGUCAUGGAGAAGUAUGGCAAUGCAGCUAGUGAGGACACACUUCCAAGAGAACUCCUACUGGGUCAAAGUGAGAAAGAGGUUGAAUAUGAUCGUGCUGGUAGGAUUGUGAAGGGACAGGAGAUGUCACUUCCUAGAAGCAAAUAUGAAGAGGAUGUUUACAUCAAUAACCACACCACUGUUUGGGGUUCAUGGUGGAAAGAUCACCAAUGGGGUUAUAAGUGCUGCAAACAAACAAUCAGAAAUAGCUAUUGUACUGGUGCUGCUGGAAUUGAAGCAGCAGAAGCCUCUGCUGGUCUUAUGAAAGCCAACAUUGCUCGUAAGGAGGCUGCUGAAGAUACACAUGUGCCUGUCGAGGAGAAGAGGCAAGCUACUUGGGGGACUGAAGUACCGGAAGAUCUGAUACUAGACCAGAAAAAGCUCACUGAAGCUAUAAAGAAGGAAGAGGAGAGGAGACGAGAAGAGAAAGAUGAACGGAAGAGGAAAUAUAAUGUUAAAUAUAAUGAUGAGGUUACACCUGAAGAAAUGGAGGCAUAUAGGAUGAAGCGGGUUCACCAAGAUGAUCCAAUGAAGGACUUCCUUCACUGAAUCGUAGAUAUGGCCAAAUUGUUCACCUCUUAGGGAAAACAUCAGUUGGGACCAUGUGCCAGUCUUAGGUGAAAUUGGGUAUGAUAUUUUCUUUGUCGAAAAUUGUAUUGUGAUGAAGAGUCUGUGUUGGGAUUGCUUGAGAUCUAUUUCUUCUUUGAUUUAGUACCUUAAAGUUGUAUACAACUGCAUGACACACUCUUUAAGAACAUAUGUACAAUAAGAUACCUAAGAAUUGGGAAGCAUCUAUGUACGUGUAAUGUGCUGUAUUCACCGGUUUGUGGUUGUAAUUCAGGCAAAGCCUGUUUGUUUGAAGUUCUUUCUCUGGUUCUGUAUUA